AUGUCGAUUAUUAUGUUAACACACCGUUACCUCGUCAGAGAGGUUCAUGCCGUUCCGUUUCUUACAAAACACGGAAUUGGCUUUUACUUCUUCUCUCGUAACUCUGUUUUACAUGUUCAUCAAAAGGUUCAUCUCUUUGUCUUGAAACGUUUUUGUUACCCACAAAAGUUUCCUUUUAAACCUUCGAAACCAUCGCAAAUUAAAGCUGAUGUUCAGGAAACGUUAUUGAAACCUUCGAAACCAUCACAGUCUAAAGCUGAUGUUCAGGAGACGUUAUUGAAACCUUCGAAACCAUCACAAUCUAAAGCUGAUGUUCAGGAGAAGUCGGCUAAAGCUACGAGCACAAUCAAGACACUGCAGAUUCAAGAGCGAGAACUGUUUAGUGGUUCAGUCACAAUGGAUGCUGCUCCGUCACCAAGACACGUACCGAUUCCAAUAUUUUGUUAUAGAGAGUGAGGACCAAUGAGUCUUCUAAACUAUCGACAACUAGAAUGAAGUAAAGAAGAAGACCAAUUGUUUUGCAGAGUUUUUGUUUGGUUUUGUAAAGCAAUUACAUAUUAUGUUUUUUUGUGUGGUAAUUUAUUGUUCUACGUUAGUGUAGUUCAGUGUUGAAUUCAUAACUGU